AGGGACAAAGAGAGAAAGAUUGAAGGACACACACGCUACAACCACAGUGACAAUGAGAGGCUGGAUUGCACUGUUGCUGUUGGCAAGAUUUAUCGAUUUAUCCACGACACAACCAACCAACUCUUUGACCUGGCUAAGUUACCUUCGCAACCGAGCAUAUGGUCAUGGUUAUGACCGCAGUCACAAUUACAAUCAUGCCGCUGUAAGAACAGAGGAUGAGCCUUCUGUGCUGGACUGCCCCUUGGAGUGCAACUGCCCUUCAACCUACCCCUACGCAAUGUACUGCAACAACCGCAACCUACAGCAUGUGCCAUUUGUACCAUCUCAUAUAAAGUACGUCUACUUGCAUAGUAACCAGAUCACAGGCAUCACACAGGGAGUUUUCGACAGUGCCCCAAAUUUGGCAUGGAUAAGUCUCCAUUCAAAUAAGCUGAGAUCCGACAAGAUAAGUGACAAAAUCUUUGCCAAACUACAAAACCUAGAACGGCUCUUUUUACACAACAACAACCUUAGCCGUGUUCCACAAGGUUUACCACGCUCCCUGCGUGAUCUACAAAUGAAUCAUAACAAUAUUUCUGUAGUUCCGGCCGAUUCUUUCAGUGGAAUGAGCAACCUGACAGCCCUGCGUCUCCAAAUGAAUGCCAUUGAAGACCUUGGUGGUGCACUUGAGGGCCUUCUAUCCUUAACUUUUUUAGACUUACGAGCGAAUCGACUGAAGAAGAUUCCAGAAAGCUUGCCAACAAAGCUAAGCCAGCUCUACCUAGAAUACAACCAUAUAUCCAGCAUUCCUGCUGACUUUCUAAGCCACCGGCCCGAGCUGCGCUUUAUACGGCUGUCGCACAAUCUGCUCACCAAUGGUGGAAUUCCAGCCAAUGCUUUCAAUGUCAGCACACUUGUGGAACUCGAUUUGUCCUUCAACAAGUUGGAGAGGAUCCCAACAAUCAGCACCAAUCUAGAGAACCUCUAUCUGCAAGCCAACAAAAUCAAAGAAUUUUCACUAAGCAGUUUUUGCAGAGUUGUGGACAUGAACAAUUAUUCUAAUCUGCGUGUACUGAGGCUGGAGGCCAAUGAAAUUAGCCCCCGAGACAUUCCCUCUGAAGCUGUACUCUGUCUGCGCCUGGCAACCAACAUUGACUUGUAGGCCUGUCUUUUAUACAUCAAGCCAUCAGCAAUGACCUGUUGUCAAGUGUAAGCUGUAUUAUAUACGGUACUGUGCAAAAGUUUUAGGCAGUUGUGAAUUUUUUUUUAAAGUGAGGAUAUUUUCAAAAAUAAUACCAUGAAUGAUUUUUAUUUCUCUAUUAACAUCAUACAAAGUGCAGUAAACAUUCAAAAAUCUAAAAUCUAUAUCUGUUGUGACCACCCUAUGUCUUUAAAACAGCACCAAUUCUCCAAGGUACACUUGCACACAGUUUUUCAAGGUUGUUGGCAGAUAGGUAGUUCCAAGCAUCUUGGAGAACGUGACACAGUUCUAUGUAUUGCUUCUGUCGUUUCAUGUAAUCCUCCAUGAUGUUGAGAUCCGGGCUCUGUGGGGGCCAUGCCAUCUGCUGCAGGACUCCUUGUUCUAUUUCUAUUCUACUUUUAAUUCUAUUUACAAGAGGAAUAUUUAGAAAUCUCAAAUGUAUUCUUCCUUCUGACACACUAAAGCAGAAGAUAUAAACAAAUGUUUUUGUGAAACAUCUAAAGUGCCAAAGACUUUUGCACAGUAGCCUACAGUAUAUCUCACCACAUAUAGGUGGCUAUUUUAAACAUGUGGUGUUUGAAAAGAUGUGUUUUAAAUAUUAUCAACAUCUAGCAAAUAAGGUUGUUUAUCAGGUUAUGAGUCUGAAUUAUGGUUAUGGGAAUGACUUAUGGUUAUGAUGAGUUUGGUUAUACUGAAAUUAUAUAAUGUAUUUGUCAGUAAUGUGAUUUUUUUUUCUUUUGGGAUUUGAAUUAAUGGCUAAUCACUAUACAUUUAAAUAGAAAGAAAUAGUAGUAGUAGUAAAGUAUAUUUUUUAAUAAAUUGAAUAUGAUGUAAACUAACAUCAUUUAGAGAUUAUAUAUCAGUCAGAGAAAAAGCUACUUUAAUCUACAUAUGGUGGUGGGUGCAUAUUCAUGAGUGAAGCCAUGUUGAGAUCAGCUGAAUAUUACUCACUUUAUAUGAAUUAUAAUGACUUGUUAAUGGACGCUUUUUAAAUAUAUAUACAGAAUAUUAAUCAUUGCUGACUGCGAAUGGUGCAUUUUUACAAUGGCAUUAGUAACUGAGAAUAUAACUGUGAAUAUUACUGCGUAAACAUGGCUAGAGUAUCAACAUUGUUUUUAUUUCUUACAAAAACACUAAAACACAUGAACUGUGUUAAUUUUAUAUUAUAAAAUCUUUAUAUAUUUCUUUAUUUUUGUGGACAGAACUAUGAGAUUUUGAUAUGGUACUUUAAGGCAUACUUUUUAAAUAUAUUAGACAUCUGUAUCAAUAAAGACUGAUAAAGACAUGUGUGGUUGGCAUGUAGAAAACAUAAAGGUUAGUUGCAUGACGAGAAACAUGGUUACAUGGGUUGCUAAAAAAAGAGGCUACAUUUUGUUUUAAAUAAUAAUUCUAAUGUCAAAGCAUGUUGUAGUCAUUGUGUAUAAAAUAAUUGUUACAGUAGAGUUACUUUUUUAAUUUUAUUGCAAUAUAUUUUAUAGUUAAUGGUGUGUAUCAACUAUUUCAUAUUUUUUUGUGACAUAUGGUCUAAAUAAUAUUGUUAGUUGGGUUUCUGUUUUGUUGCAGGCCUGUGUUAGCAAUUAAUUCUGGAAAAUAAAAAUA